CUCCAUCUGAAGUAAUUUUUUCAUUUGAUGUUGGAAACGGACCCAACGAAAUUACAGUUCAAUCACUUACUUCCUUAAAUGACAACCAGUGGCAUUAUGUGAAGGCUGAGCGAAACAUCAAAGAGGCAUCCUUACAAGUAGAUCAGCUUCCUCAAAAGUCUCGUGGUGCUCCACCUGAUGGGCAUAUUCGCUUGCAACUCAACAGCCAGCUUUUUGUAGGUGGGACAGCAUCCAGACAGAAAGGAUUUUUGGGAUGCAUUCGUUCAUUACAGUUGAAUGGAAUGGCACUUGACCUAGAAGAGAGAGCAAAGAUAACACCAGGAGUUGAACCAGGCUGUCCUGGACAUUGUAGCAGUUAUGGUAACCUGUGUCACAAUGGUGGAAAAUGCAGAGAGAAAUACAGUGGAUUCUCCUGUGACUGCACUUUCUCUGCCUAUGCUGGGCCAUUCUGUAAGAAAGAGAUCUCUGCUUAUUUUGGGACUGGCACUUCUGUAACAUAUAAUUUUCAAGAAUACUACACCUUAGCUAAAAAUUCCAGUUCUCAUGCUUCUUCCUUUUAUGCUGACAUGACACUGAACAGGGAAGCAAUUACAUUUGCCUUCCGAACAACACGAACACCAAGCUUGCUGCUUUAUGUCAGCUCCUUCUACAAGGAAUACCUGUCGAUCAUCCUCACCAGAAACGGAAGUUUACAGAUCAGGUACAAGCUAGACAGCCAUCAAGAUCCUGAUGUCUUCAGCAUCAAUAUCAAAAGCAUGGCUGACGGGCAACUGCAACAUGUGAUGAUUAACAGAGAGGAGGAUAUGCUCUCUGUAGAGGUUAACCAGAAUCAAAAAAGGAAGUUUAUCCUGUCUUCAGGCACAGAAUUCAAUGCAAUCAAGUCUCUCACACUUGGAAAGAUUUUAG